AUUUUUCAUCUACUAUCGAGGGUAUUUCCUUCCUUUCGACAUAGACAGGAAACGCUUUCACUUUGCUUGCUUUUGGAGGAACUCUGGGACCCUGUCGUCCUUGGUUCUCUAGUCCCCUUCAAGAAUUGGACGGUCUUAGGUCACUUUGCGAGUCCUUCUUCAGGCUCAUCUCGAUGAAUUAUUCAUUUCUACAGUUCAUCGAAAUCAUCAACAAAUGCUAAAUUCAUGAAUCGGAUUCUAUUGACAACACUACUCAUGGACGCACCACCGUACAACAACAACACUUCACGAGUCUCGAAGCUUCAAAACUUCAAGGGCAACGUGUCACCGCUCAACACGCAACGAGACAGCAACAACAGCAACCACCAGUUCUUCGUCGGCGGCGGCCGCUUUCACCAUCCGUCCAACAGUCCGACCUUCGAUCCGUACACGUCAUCCUUCGACAAGUCCAAUUUGGAGAAUCUAGACCCCGCCGCGCUCAUCAGGUACCUCCGGUCCGUGUCCCCGGCGUCUCCGGACGCCGGCGACGGUUUCAAAACUCCGGCGGUCAUGAUCGGAGGAAGCGGUGGAUUUGGAUCGUCAUCGUCGCCGCUGAGGGCGGUGGAGAACUUGGUGGAGACGCUGCCGUCGAGGUCGCCGCCGGUGUUCAAGACGCCUGUGAAGGUGGAGGAGGAUGUGUUGGUGAUGGACGGUAUUCUGGUGGGAGGAUCGGUUUCUGGUGGGAGGAUGAGGUUGUCGGCGGCGUCUGAUCCUUCUGGUGGAACGUCGUCGUCCGGGAGUAAUAGUAGUGCUUAUAAGAGGGAGAUAUGUAGGUCUUGGGAGGAUUCUAGCUUCUGUCGCCAUGGCUCCAAAUGCCAGUUUGCACAUGGAAAGGAAGAGGUCCGUCCGUCUCGAUUCCCCAGCAAGACCAAAUCUGAGAUUUGCAAGUCAUACUCUGGUUCAGGAUCAUGCUCGUAUGGUGCAAAGUGCCGCUUCUCCCAUCACAAGGUCAUCACAGCUUCAUCACCAACAGAACGAGCAGUGGCAGCCGUGAAAGCGGCAAAAACCCAAUCAAUCUCACCCAUCAAACCAGAAAACUCCAAUGAUAGUACCAGCAGCAGUGGCAGUAAAACUAUCAGAAGCAGCAUCACUGUCACAAACACUGACUGGUCUCCUAUGGAUGAUGGCAUCAUGGUUUCCUUACCUUCUUCUGCUUCAGUUGAUGAAAUCCCAUCAAGGGAAGCUGUGGAUGCAUACAUAAAUAGUGUUCUCUAUGGGCCUCCUCACGGGAAGAGGUUGCCAGUAUUUGCUGAAAUUUGUCCAGAGUAGACGUCUCCGUUCCUGAAUGAUCCUUCUAUUUUUGCCUGUUUGAGGAAAAGGUAAAUAACAUACUCUAUAUCGGCUCUAGCGCUCACGGAUUAUGUUCAUCUCGCAGUAUCAUAAGCCAUAGAAGUUGAGAACUAUAAUUGGGAACAAGUUAAUAUUGCCUUAAUUGUAGCCUACUUGUUAAUAGCAAUCAUAUUAUAGAGUUCCUCUCAGAAA